AGAAAAUAAACAGAAUAUUUUUAAUGUUUAUACGAUAAGUACAAUAUUUAAUUCCUUUGUAUUACAAUUAAAUAGUUAUAGUCUGCUCAGUUAACCUUACAAAAUGGAAAUAGACUUGGAAAUGUCCGACGAAGACUACGUUAUACAAAGAGCCAAAGAUUCGUUCAAAAACAACCCAUCUGCGGCGAAAGCAUGGAUGAUCACGGCGAAAAUUAUGUACCCCAACAACUUCGAAGUGCAAUUCGAGGCGUACCAAAUCGAAAAAACGGCCAGGAACAUCAAGGAAGCCGCCAAGUGUUUCAGCCAGUUAACCAUAAAGUUCCAACAGCAGCCCGAACUUUGGAAGGAAAUAGAGAAGCUAACAAUCGCCCUGAGGGCAGAAUCCAAUAACGACGAGGAAAAGCAAUUCAUGUGCGACAUGUUUCGACACCUAUCCUCGGACGUUCAGCAUAAAUUACUACUGUUCACGGCUGAUCAUUGCGAGGAUACCAUGGAGCACUGUAGACUCUUGUUGUUGCUGUUACAAAGAUUCCCCACGGCCAUUUCGAGCAACGGACCGAGAUUGGUAGAUACGCUUAUUAGCGCGGAGAAGCACAGUGUCGAUGGAAAUUACCCCAUCAGUCCCUAUCGAAAACUCCUCAUUUGUGAUUUGCUUCCUUUACUAGCGAGUGAAAAAGUAAAAGUGGACUUGUCUUCGAAGUUGCUGCAGAAACUGCUGCAAAAGGCCAUCGAGUUUUAUUUUUGUUAUUUAGGUUUGAAUUCCAGCGCGAUUCAAGAUAGCGAAACUAAAAUCGAAGAUCCCUGGUCGAACCUAUUCGGGGUUAUAGAAUUUAUAGGGAAUCAAUUGAACUGGGAGCCGCAGCUCCUCGAUUUCUCCACCAACUGGUCGAAGGAAGGUUAUUGGCAGAAGAUCAUGAAGUUUUGCCAAUCGAAAUCCAAGAAUUAUCCGCUGGAAGAUAAGCAGUUGCUCUAUUGCCUGUCGAUAUUCUUCGUGUACUGUCUUUUCGAGUACAAUUCUAGUCUAACUCCUGAAUCCAGCCCCGGGCAAACUUCUACAACUUUUAUCAUGGUCGAAGCCUUCUCCGAUUCAACACUAUUAAAUCUAGCAGAGCCAAAAAAUAAGAAGAGGAAAACCGAUGUUGAUGUGUCUCAUGUUUCAGCUCCUUGCAUUACAGCGGAGAAACCCCAAUACAAACAUAUCCAGAAUAAUUUUUUGAUUUGUAUGAAUUGCUGGGAUUUGUUAAAUUCAUCCGAGAACCUGCAAAGGGAGUUCAUAAAACUGAACUCGAAUCUGAAAUUGGACCCGCUACUGUCGAGUUUCGUAAUAGACUACGCCCUGUACAAAGGCAUGUAUGAUGAAGCCUUGAUGUUCUUACAUAAGGUCACAGAACCGCCUUUGUUGCUUCAAAGGUAUAUUAGGGAAGCUUCUAUAUUGUAUUUCAAAAAGAAAUACAGUUUUUGUUUAGAACCCAUAACACUCGCUCUACCCUUAUUACCGAACAACAAAGGAAACUUAAGUAACAACCUGAUCAUAGGCGGUAAUCAGAAACACUUUCACUAUUUACCUCUGACACGAAUCGCUAUUUUACAAUUUUUAACCAAAAUCCUCACUAGAUGCAUUAAAGAAAACAUGCAACACCAGAGCUCCGCGGAUUUAUCCAUCGGCCAUAUAUUCACGUUAACGCAACUGGACUGGCCGCAGGAGGAAGACAUGAUUCCGCCUCUUCUGGAAAAAAUCAAGCAAAGCAGAUCGUUUCAAUACCACAACUUCCAAAAUUACAUCAUCAACGUGGAUAUUCUGGAAGAACUGACGUACCUCUGGACGAACCAAGGCGGUCAGAUCCAGCUGGACAUCCUCCCCCAUCUAGGCCAAAGACGGAUAGGCACCCGAGGCGCAGACAAAGGCGUAAAAGAAGAAAUCAAGCAAGCUAUCAGAAGACAAAUAACCAGAAGUAACGAAAAACUCGACGAUCUGCUCGUCAGCUUCAUACUCAACGAAAGAGCGCAGAUUCUCCAAACCUUAAAACCCCCGUUUAGCAUGUAGUAUAAGCAAUCAAUCCUGUAUAUAGCACUAACGUUUGACAUUAAACAUUUCGA